AUGGCUCCAAAACACAACAAUAUGAUACACAACAACCACUUCCACAAACAGUGGCAAAACUAUGUGAGGACAUGGUUUGAUCAGCCUGGACGUAAGAAGCGCAGACGUGUUGCUCGUCAGAAGAGGGCUCUUCAGAUUGCUCCCCGACCUGUGGCUGGUGCUCUUCGACCCAUUGUCCGCUGUCCAAGGAAGUUUAUGUUGUGGUUCUAUUCCCGACCUGCUCCGAAAUGAGACCUCCUCGACUUCCAUCCGAGGACAAAAUAACAGAAUGGAACUCAAGACAUGUACACUGUACACUAUUGUCUAACCUGUAUAGAACGUAUGCUGAAGUCACAGAAAUAGAUACUGUAAACUUCCACUUCAUCUUGUACGCCCUCCCCCCCCCCUCCCUUAGUUAUAGGCCAAUCUAGCUGUGAACAAAAAUAAAUACACCUGGUUAACCCCUUACCCCCUCUAAAAUGUAUCGACAUGAAACUAUGUACUGUUUAAAAAAUGAGCAGGAGUGUAUUAUGUUUGGGGGCACAAAUUUUGGCCAAGUUUGCCUCAUAACUUUGAGCAUUUUUUAGCAUGAUCGAUUAUCACUCAGCUUAAUAUUUUCACAAUCAAUGAACAGCAAUUAUGGAUGAUCAGCAUAGGACUCUUGAAAAUUUCCAGAAUAAUAUUAUCCCAAGGAUAAUUAAGUGAAGUUAUCUAUCAAGGAAUAAUUAUCUUGAGCAGGGAUGUAGCUAAUAGUCAGUUGCUGGCUAAUUUCACUGGCUGAAUAUAUGGAGUACUGUUGAAGGUGCACAAAUUGUGUAAAAGAGCUGGCUUGGCUUAUUGAAAAACCUACUUACCACAAAGUAACCAUCUAUCCCACUAAUAAUGUCAGUUAAUUUCUACAUUGAUUAGUAUUCUUUUUUCAGAGGUAUUUGCUUCUGGUUUGUCCUGUUUUGUUAUCCUUAUUUAUUCUUUUUUUGUCUUGAGGUUAAUUUUUUGGAUUGAGAUCACAGAUCUGUCAAAUGUUUACAUGACACUGUGCUUUCAUUUCAGGCUGCUGGUAUCUCGUGCAAAGUUGCUCCCACAAUCGGUAUUGCAGUUGAUCAUAGGAGGAAAAACAGAUCGGCUGAAUCUCUUCAAGCUAAUGUUCAAAGGUUGAAGGAGUACAAGAGCAAACUGAUUGUCUUCCCAAAGAAGGCUAGCAAGCCCAAGCAGGGAGACAGUGAGGUAUGUAUUGGAGUGUAAUCUCAACAGCCAUGGGGUUAAAACGCCCUUAAACAUGUUGUCAAAGUCAACCACUGCCCAGUUUACUCAGCUGGAGGAGUUCUGGUCUACUGCGGGCAAGUUCAUGUUGGAGAGGCUGUGAUUUAAAGGGACCGUGUCACAAUUGUCUAUUUUCAUCUUGUUAAUAAUGCCAAGUAGGUGUUCUUAUUCGCCAUGGAACUUGAGAAGGUAUUUAUAAAAUCACAGCUUUGUGGCUAACAAAUAUGUCUCCUAAGUAGUACAUGUAUAAUCAAUCGUUACAACCUCGGAAAGGAAUUUUGAAAACUGUUAGGCUAACAAAUUUUCAUAAACCACAAUUACAAUCUGUUUCAAUCUUGCUCCAAGUUUGUCUGUCCAUUCCUCCUUUUGUAUUUGCUGUGUUAGUUAGACCUUCUUUUCAUAUUUUGAGCUGUUAUUUUUGUGUUGUACUCAGUUUAGUGGCAGUUCCCCCUGUUUGAAAAUUUAAUUAAUUGUGACACAGCUCCUUUAAGAACUUUUCUCAGUUGAUGGUAGCAUUGGGCAGUGAUGUUGGCCUUGUCUCCUUCAGACCACUUUUCAAUUUGAAGAAGGCUUAAAAGAACCCAGACUGCUGUUCUAUUUGAAUCUCAUUCAAAUUGUGUUGUAUUUACUUACUUAAAAGAGUGUUCAGAUCUGGGUAGUGCUUCUGAUUUGUCAUCCGACAAAGGAAAUUUGCUUAAAUCAAUCAGAAGCUCUACCCAAGUCUGGGCUAGUGCUUCUGAUUAGUCAUGUUGUGAGGCAAAUAAUAUUUGCUUCAACCAAUCAAAAGCACUACCCAGAUUUGGGUAGCGGCAUGUCAUCAGUGUAGAAUUUCUGCUGAGGCACUUUAUCAGGAACAGAGCCUAUUCAAGGCUGUGAAUGACUCGGAAGUGAGCAGAUGGAAGUAAUCUGUCAUUGUUCUUUGCUUAACUUUAGCCUGCUGAACUUUCCAAUGCCAAGCAACUGCAAGGUCCUGUUAUACCCAUCCAACCAUCACGCCUGCCAAUCAAGGCUCGCAAGAUCACAGAUGAGGAAAAGAAUACCAGUGUGUUCAAGAGCAUGCGUAUUGCACGUGCUAAUGCCAGGCUGAUUGGCAUCAGAGAGAAGAGAGCAAAGGAACAAGCCGAGCAAGAUGCUAUUAAGAAGAAAUAA